AUGUGGUUAACGGUACUUGUAGCAGUAUGCGUUAUUUUCCUACUGCUUGGCAUGAGCUCUUUCAAACCGCGAAAUUUUCCUCCUGGUCCAAAAUGGCUUCCUAUCAUUGGUAGUGCCAGCGAAGUCUACAAGUUACGAGAAAAAACUGGAUAUCUUUAUAAAGCGGUUAAAGAAUUAUCCAGCAUGUAUUGCGAUGGUGGGCCUGUAAUUGGUCUUAAAAUUGGUAAAGACAAAAUUGUUAUGGUUAACUCCCUUGAAGCAAAUAAGGAGAUGUUGCAUAAUGAGGAUAUCGAUGGUAGGCCGAAAGGUAUAUUUUAUCAAACCCGGACAUGGGGCGAAAGGCGAGGGGUCCUAUUAACUGACGGAGAGCUAUGGAAAGAACAGAGAAGAUUUCUAAUAAAACAUCUGAAAGAAUUCGGAUUUGGAAGAAAAGGUAUGGGAGAAAUAGCUCACAAUGAAGCUUGCUACAUGAUAAACGACGUCAAAGAGAUAUUAAAUAGUGGCGACAACAAAAAUUGUAUAUACAUGCAUAAUUUUUUUAAUACCUAUAUUUUGAACACUCUGUGGACAAUGAUGGCAGGAAUAAGAUAUCAAGCAAGUGACCCGCAAUUGAAACUACUUCAAGAUCUUAUGUUCGAUUUGUUUCGGGCUGUUGAUAUGGUAGGUGCUGUUUUCAGUCAUUUCCCUAUUCUAUCCAUAAUUGCACCAACUUUAUCUGGUUACAAAGAAUUUAUUCGAAUCCAUAAAAGAUUAUGGAAGUUCUUGAGAGACGAAAUUGCCAAACAUAAAGAAAAUUUAGACGCUGGUACAGAGAUCACAGAUUUUAUGGGUGUAUACUUACGAGUGCUUAGAGAAAAUGGUGAAAAGGAUACCUAUUCAGAAGGUCAGCUAGUGGCAAUGUGUAUGGACAUGUUUAUGGCUGGCACAGAAACUACAAGUAAGAGCAUGAGUUUUGCAUUCAGUUAUUUGGUUCGUAACCAAGAAGUGCAAAGAAAAGCUCAAGAAGAAAUCGAUAGAGUUGUAGGAAAAAAUCGGAUGCCGACUUUAGAGGAUCGAUCCAACAUGCCGUAUAAUGAAGCAGUGGUACAUGAAUCAGUUCGUCACUUUAUGGGAAGAACUUUCGGGGUUCCACAUCGUGCUCUUCGAAAUACAACGCUAGCAGGAUAUAAUAUACCAGAGGACACAAUGGUGGUGAGCAAUUACACCAAUAUUUUGAUGGAUGAGUCAUUAUACCCUGAACCGUACUCAUUCCGGCCCGAAAGAUUUCUGGUAGACGGCAAAGUUUUCCUCCCAGAGUACUAUUUCCCAUUUGGCCUUUCCAAGCACAGGUGUAUGGGAGACGUGCUCGCUAAAUGUAACAUGUUCGUGUUCACAACCAGUAUGCUGCAGAAAUUUUCUUUCUUGCCCGUCCCGGGGGAGCCUCUGCCCUCCUUGGAGCACGUUGAUGGUGCUACUCCAUCUGCUGCACCUUUUAAAGCGUUAGUGGUGCCUAGAAUGUGA